AUGGAGCUUGAUCGUUUUAAGAAAGUGUUAAAGGCCUCAGAUGUUAAAAGACUUGUAGUGACCAGCGCCAUGCUUGCGAUGCUACCUCGUGCCGAUAUCCAGAUCGGGAUGUCCCAAUCAGAGUUUUCGACAACCAGAAGCGCAAGGUUUACGAGUUCAAAUUAUCCAGCAGACAACGGGGCAGAUACAAAAAGCCAGUUUUCCAGUCUAGAGGAUGGAGAGUGUUUGUCAAUGACAGGGGGAUUGCACCUAGGGACGUGCUCUAUUUCUGGGAGGAGGAGUACCAAAUUCAUGGAACUCGAUAUCGCAUUGCACUGUACAAGCCAGAUCUUUUCCCUCAUCUUUAAUAAUUCCAGUCAGGUGGUCAAAUUCCAGUCAGGUGUUGUAACCCAUAAUAGGGAUUUAUCUUGUAUGGUCCUCUUGGUAUGGAAGGAGAAGCAAAGGAAACUCCUUAUAAUUUAA